CCUUGUAAAAUAUUAUUAUGAUAAAACAAAGAACAUAGUACUGUAACGCUCUACAUCUUUCGCAAAACAGCUGUUGGAAAAACUGCAUGUAUUAUGCAUUGAUAGGGAUUUUAAAUGAUUUAAUGUCAAAAUGUUGAUGUAUAUCCUAUUUGGAUUUAAUAUAAUUUCUUCUCCGACAGUGUGUGAAGAAUGUGAUGUGAGAGGACUCGCCUUCAGUAAAGACAUGUUUAUUGUGAACAAUGUGGAGACAAACCUCACCAACGAAAAUCGGCCGUUGGCUACGCUACCUGCUGGCUUGUCGAUUCGACCAUCUGGAAUCCCUGAAGCCGGUUAUGGCGUAUUUGCUGAGAGAUCGUUUCCUAAGGGUACCAGAUUUGGUCCAUAUGGUGGAGAAAUUACAGAAACCGUUGAUAACUGGUCCUAUGCAUGGAAUGUUUACGGUGACGAUGAUUCUGUUAAGUAUUAUGUUGACGGUUACUUCAAAAACAAUUCAAAUUGGUUACGAUAUAUUAAUUGUCCAAGAACGGUACACGAGGAAAAUUUGUAUGUCUUACAAUUAAACAACGAAAUUUUUUACGUUACGUACGAAUGUAUAACGGCAGGAACAGAGUUACUUGUUUGGUAUGGACCCGAUUAUUGGGAAGACCUGGGGUUACAGAGAAAACCUGAAGAUUAUCAAGAACGGUUUAAUGAGGAAGAUAUUAGAUAUGUUAUUGAAAACACAAUAACGGAAAAUGUUCAUCAACUGUACACGUAUUGCUAUAAAUUCUUCAACCAGACACCUUUUAUCAAACCACCAGGUAAAGAAGGCACGUUUGACAAAUAUUGCUUUAAUGAUGGCAGUUAUCAAGUUUGUCGUUACAGAAAAUGUAAUGAGAACCCAUGCACAAAUCUACCUGACUGUAAAGGUUGUGAAGGCUACUGUCUUCAUCUAGGACAAUAUUUCAAAGCCACCGAAAAAUUCAAACAUGUUGAUACGAAAAAUACAUGUGUGUGCAAUGAGGAUGGACAUUUUGGUUGCACAAUUUUUGAUCAGUUUCCAGAGCACAUUUGUAGCUAAUAAAUACGUUUAGCAUACUAUAUUUAAAUAGACAAUAGUGUCAUUUCUGCACUUGGUGGUACAUAACGGCGUUUACAGCCGCAAUUGAAGUUUUCCGAGGUGGUGUUUCGAGAAAUAUUACAUUUAAUGAUGAGAUUUGUAUUCGAACGUAAAUGUUCGUUUCAUUAGGUGGUAACCUAUGUGUUUUGAUAUUUAGUAAAAUAAUUACAAUAAUAAUGCCAGUAAAGUAUGGCUUAUGAGAAAUGUUAUGUCAACUCCUGAGCAAUUACACAGAAACAUAUAUUGUAAAUACACUCAUCCAAAAUGGAAUAAUUGGGAUAUCUUCAUCAUAAGAUAGAAAGUCUACAUGUGUUGUUACUGUUCUGCCACGCUCCAUAUAAAUUUGUUUUGCACUAGUGGAAGUUAUAUCACAAAAGAACCUGCAAAUCUAUUUGAUUGAGUUUAACACAAAAUCCAAUAAAAUCAUAACAGGAAUAAUCUAAAA